UCUAAACUAUCAUACACGCAUACAAUGUCUGGUGAACCAGUAAAGUUGUAUGUUUACGACCUGUCUAAUGGUUUAGCACGGCAAAUGUCAAUGUCAUUGACUGGAAGACAGAUUGAUGGCAUCUGGCAUACUGCCGUAGUAGUAUAUGGUCAAGAGUUUUACUUUGGCCAAGGAAUUCUGGCUUCGCCUCCUGGCCAAACUCACCUCGGACCACCUUUGCAAGUGAUUGAUAUGGGGGAAACAUUUUUGCCUCAAGAAGUGUUGAUCGAAUACAUCGAAAGUCAGCGAAGUGUUUUCACGGCGGAAAAAUACCAUUUGCUUGAUUUCAACUGCAAUACGUUUUCCAAUAGCCUUUGUCAAUUUUUAACAGGCAGCAAUAUACCAAAGCAUAUUACUGAUCUUCCAGCGGAUUUCCUCAACACACCUUUCGGCCAAUCGCUACGCCCAAUGAUCGAGGGUAUGUUUGGACAAUCACAACUUGCACCGCCUGCUGCGCCAGCAGGAGCACAGGCAGCAGCACCUCCACCGACAGCAGCGCAACAGAGUAUGCUUCAAGAUGUAUCGUCCGCUGCCCUUUCGGCCGCACCACAACAAAAACCAUCUGUUUUACAAACCGCGCCCAACCUGUCAACACUCCAACGCUGGAUCCAGUCGUGCAAAGCCGUCGUUGUAUUCUUUACAUCUGCAACCUGUCCUCCAUGUCGCACGAUCAAACCCGAUUUUGAGCGCCUCGUGCAAGACAAGAACGAUACGAACAGUACAAAAAUAAAAUUGAUGGGGGUUACUGUGGAUACAGGCAUAGCAUUUGAUGCUGCUCAAAAAUUUGGAAUCCGUGCAACACCCACUUUUAUGCUUUUCCACAAUGGCGAGAAGUUUUCUGAGUUCCGAGGAGCCAGUUAUGCCGAGUUGGCAAGCUCUGUUAAUUUACUCUUAUUUACAGCAUAUCCUCCACAUCCACACCGGAAGAUUCACCAAUUACGAGGCGUUUUGGAUCUCCCUAAUAAGCCGGUGUUAUACAGCACACCAGGAAAGGUGGAUAUGAUUUACAGCAAGCUGGAAUCCUUUUUGGAUCAGGAUGCGAUCAAACUGGACGACAAGGAACGGAGUAUAUUUGAUCAAAGCAAAAAGGCAGUAUUGGAUCCUAAAGUUACACUAGACAUGGCUGGAUGGAGCUCCUUGAUAGGUAACUAAAUGUGAUAGAUACUGAUGCAUCAGAAGAAGAGAGAGAUCCUAUGAAAAGUGUAGAUUAAAAUGGAACUGGCAUAUGCUAUUAGAUAAGCUGCUCGAAAACCUGCCUCUCGAUCACCAAUUCCCGCUUCUUGAUGUCUUCAGAACGUUGCUCGUUAUCAAAACUGCAGCCGAGUAUUACAUGAAUGAUUGUAAGUUUUCAAAAUGUAUGCAAGUGUAUUAAUGGUAGAUAUUAACACAAGACCAUUAAUCAGGUACGCAGCUUAUUCGCAUAAUCGAAAACGGAUACAAGCAAGAGAAUGUCCCAAAGGCAACACUACUAAUGACUUUGCGAGUGGUAAGAAAAGAUUUUCGAAUACAUGUCUAUGCACCCAAUGAGAAUUAUUAUGUCUAUAAUAUUAAAAAGAAAACCUUUCAAUACAUAGGCGUGCAACUUGUUUGCUCACAGCAUUCUCGUUACAACCUACUUCA